AUGGCCAAAGAGGCUCAGUUGGAUAAUCUUAUUAAGAGACUAGAGGCUAUAGUUGUUAAGGGACCUUCCCAAGUCAACCAGGUACCCGCUUAUGCUAAAGUCCUCAAAGACUUAUUCACUCAAAAGCGGAAAACAAAAGUGCCCAAGAAAGCUUUCUUGGCUACCAAUGUUAGCUCUGUUUUUUCCCAACAUAUGAUGGCUAAAUGCAAGGAUCCUGGCUACCCUACUAUUUCUUGUGUCAUUGGUAACACUAAAAUUGACCAUACCCUUCUUGAUCUUGGAGUUAGUGUCAAUCUCUUGCCAUACUCUAUGUACCAACAAUUAGGGUUAGGAGACCUUAAACCAACCACUAUCACACUUCAAUUGGCAAACAGGUCCGUCAAGAUUCUCGAAGGAAUGAUUGAAGAUGUUUUAAUCAAGGUUAUCAAGGUUGGGGAAUUUUUUCUUCCUGUGUAUUUUAUUAUCUUGGACACCCAACCUGUCUCCAACAUCAGAGACCAAAUCUCAAUCAUCCUUGGAAGGCCGUUCCUUACUACCAGUGAUGCUUUGAUUAAUUGUAGGAAUGGUCACAUGAAACUUUCUUUUGGUAACACAUCUGUUGACUUUAAUAUUUUUAAAUUGGAUAAGCAACCAACUUUGAAUGAGGAUGUUCACAUGAUUCAUGAAAUACCUUAUUGGAUUGAGACUAAUUUUGACAUUGAUUUUGACUCGAGAUUCAAUGAGUGUAUGGAGCAAUUGGGCGACACUGAUGAUGAUUUCUUCUCUGAGGUCUAUAGUUUGCAAACUCUUUUGGAACCAAUUGGACCCUUGUCCACCUCGCUGCCCAAGCCUUCCAUUGAGGAGCCACCCAAGCUCAACUUGAAGGUGCUACCAUCACACCUCAGAUAUGCUUUCUUAGGCCAGAAUCAAACUCUCCCUAUUGUUAUUGCGUCUGAGUUAACCCUAAGUCAAUAA